AUGUUCUUUUCAAGGUUUUCAAAUAGUAUAGUCAUACUUUUGUUAUUCUAUGAUUGGAUCUUCUGUUCUGUGACAACUACAAUUGAAACUGAUUAUUUUAGUCGAAGAUUAUGGCUCACCGGUGGUACCAUUUCUCAUAAACAGCAAGCAGAAUUCCAAAAUAUAGCUCGACAACAUGGAAAUCUGACGAAACAUCUCACUUGGCUUCAUAACGAAAUUUCAUCACUAAAUCGUCAAUUGAAGUUAGUAAAGGCUCAAAUUAAAACUAUUAAUUACAGCCGAGAACAUACUGUAACAAUAGGUCAACAAGAACCGACAAAUAAAAUACAAAAUAUAUUAUUAAUGAACGUAAAUAAUACACAAAAGACUAUACUAAAUCAACAGAAUGUUUACAUAAUAAAAUCACUUGACGCUGAAUCACUUUUUGAUGGUUAUCGAGAUAAUCUACUUGAUAUAUAUGGAUUAACAUUAAAAAUAACGAUAGAAUGUAUUGCUGUUUUUAUUGAAGAACAUUCUAUUGAAAAACAUCUCUUUAUUAAAUUAUCUAAUGGAAGUAUUGCUAAAUAUCAAAUGAAUAAAACACAGCCAUUGCAAGCAACAUACGAAAAGUUUAAUCGAUCUAUGUCAGAAUGGAUUGGUGAUAAAAAACAAAUUGAGUAUUAUCAAAGAUUUAUUCAUGAUACUAAAACGAGUGAUGCAAUGAAAAAUAAUCAAUUGAUGAAAAUAAAAAAUCGCCCAAAAUCAAAUGAUGCUCAAAUGUUCACUACAAUCAGACCAGUACUUCAAAUCAAGUAUAACAUUGAUCCGCAAAGUAUUUCAUGUCUAUUGGAAGAUUUUUUCGGCAAAAUACAUACUUGCGAUGGCCGAUUAAUCUAUCCUAAUGAAUUGAAAAUUUUAUUUAAUGAUAAACAUCACGUUGUAUUUUAUGCUAUUGUGUUAAACGCAACUAAAGAAACACAAAUUCAUCCUAUUGCGGCAAGUCACCAUGCACGGCCUCACGAGCAAUUAUUUUUGAUUUUUAACAAUGAUCCAGAACUACACUCUAGACGAUCCUGUCCAGAUUGCAUCCAUUUUGAACAAACCUUUGUACUUAAUAACGAUCUGAAAAUCAUCGAAGAAAAAACAAUUCAUGUAAUACAUGAGCCUCGACAAGUCGCGAAACCUGAGAAAAAAACUUCUUCUAUGAAUUCACAAAAUUAUUUUGUUUAUAUUAUUGUAGCCAGUAUUUCAAUUUAUGUAUUAUGCAACAUUUAUUUAGUUCGAAGACAAGUACCAAUGGCACGCUUGGGAACAAGACAUUCGAUGUCAUCACGUCGUGGACGAUAA